AUGGCCACUCUUCACUACUUUCCCGCUGUCAAACCGUCUGCCAUUGCGUUGGGCACGGUUUUCAGCCACGGUGUAUCACUAGCAGUCCUCGCCCCACUGUUUGGUGACACCUACCAUCGCGCUCAGGCUGCCAACUCAAAAGAGGAAUUUAUUAAGUCCAAAGAAGCCGCCUCUGCCGCCGCAGCAUGGACCAGCUCGAUUGUCGGCAGCGCCUUGCAGAGCUACGGAGUUGGAGCACUGCUUAAUGCGACGGGCACAAUGAGUUUUAAGGGAGCCGGCUAUCUGGGAACCUUGAUUUUCAUGGCGAGUACGGCUCCUGAGUUCGUCUCGCAAGUCGUAACGGAGAAAAGACCAUUGGAUACCAUUGCAGUUGGCGCAUUGGCAAGAGUCUUUGAGACAGUUGGAUUGAGCUUGUUCCUCACCUGGUGGGGAACGAGAACUAACCCCUUUGAUUAGGGAUAAUUGGCACGAAGACGGCCGCUUCUUGCUGUAAUAGUAUUGCUAG